CUCACUUGCAGCUCCCGGCCCUCUUUGCUCAAACUGUAUUUUUCUAAUUUCUCUUCCCAUUUAUUGUCCUUUUUUGUGUCUUUACAUUCUCUCCAUUUUAAUCCCUGGUAUCAAUCCGCCCUACUCAUAGAUCCAUUUGUCGCCCCCUCAUGUCACUUACACACAGACCGACACUUACUGAUAGACAUACACAAACUCACUCACUUAUUGACAGACCGAGACCCAGUGGGUGUCCCCAGCAGGCCGGCGCCCUAGGCGAAUGCCUAGUUCGCCUAACGGUGGCGUCGGCCCUUCUCAUGCCUCUAAUGAUUGGCCAAACUUAUCACAUUCUGAUACAUUCAGAUGUACCUUGAUCCCAGAUUUAAGAUUCUUUAUUUUUAAAUCCGGAAUACAUUCCGAGCUAUUCUUUCUUUAAUUUGUUACCAUCCAUUUUUACCAUUCUCAUUGUUUUAGCUUGUGAUCUAUAUACACAAUAUCCUAAAUGCAAGAACCGUACCCACUGCAUGCCCAGCAAUCACUCUAACUUUCUUCAUCCACAGAUUCUGAAAGAUCCAAAGAAACCUCAGGCCAAACGAAACUUCUGGACUGUGGAUAUGGACCUCUUGCCCCAUAAUGCCCUGAAACUACAGAACCUGGUCUCCUACAACAAAGAUAACCUUCCGCUUGACCUCACCCCUUACAUUGUGCAUGGGAAGCCAUUCCGAUACCUGGAAGAGCAACCGGCUCAUGUUCCCGAUAACAGUGACUUUAUUCAGCCUGGCCUUAAACCCUCUAAAGGGUCACCAGACCCUGCUACAAAAAGCUCUUUAACUCCGUGCAGUUCUGCAGAAACUGUACCUUACCACACUGCAAACCCUCUGAGCCAUCCCACGAUAGAUCCACAUCCGAACACCGGAUCACAGUUUCAUAGAAAAUCGCAUCCUUCUGUCGAAGAAAUGGUUUUAAAUUCAGUGAAUAAGAUACAGAUAGAAAACCGUGACCAAGUUCGACCCCGAGAAAUUACAAAAGACUCUGAUGGGUCACCUCCGAAAAAGGUGACACGUUGUGCGUCCGUCAAACCGUUAACUAAUAUGCUCCAGCAAGGAUAUCAGCCAAGUUCAUUAUUCCAGCAUAGCUCGAAAACUAGCUGUCUGAUGCAACAUGUAUACCAGCCAAAUGUAUUGCCCCAGCACAGCUGGCAGCCAAAUGUAUUGCCCCAGCACAGCUGGCAGCCAAAUGCAUUGCCCCAGCACAGCUCACAGUCUAGCAGUAUGUUCCAGCAUGGCUCGCAACCAAACUCACAGUCGUACCACAUGCGCCAUCAUGGAUCCCAGGCGAAUUACUUGUCCCAGUAUAGUGGCACUGGAUAUACCAUAUCCUCCUGCAGUGCAGCUCUGCAUGCAUACUGGCCUACAGUGGUAUGAGGAAAAUCUUCUAUUGGAGAUUUUGAAACACAAUUUAUUAGUACUGGUGGAAUAAACGCAAUUGUAAUGCGACCAGUAAUCGAAAACCCGCACUUUUUAAUGAAAUUAAUAUUAAGAGAGUUUAUUGUACAGUAUUUUUAUGAAUUGUAAGGGAUUUUAUUUGUUGAAUAUAAGUUUUGCUGUAUUUGCACAGUGACCAUGUAUGUAUCAUUUUAUGUAUAGGUACUAUGCUUGUUUUGCACUGCACUCUGGGAUUUCAUAUAAGAUGCAGCGCCCCCUACAGGGAAGGC